AUGUCGAAGAAAACAAUUAUGUCUGUGAAUGAUCAGACAAUUAAAAUUGAACCACCAGAAUAUUCACCAGAAGACAUUAAACUUGAAAUGGAGGAUGAAUUUGAUGAUCCUGAUGUUGUUGUUAAAUCUGAAUCGUGUUCUGAAGAUGAUGAUACGUGUUUAGAAAGAUUCAUGAAUUCCGAGGUUACAAUUGAAGAAGAAGUCAAACAGGAGUUGGUCGAGACAUCAACAUAUGAAAGUCACAUUUGCCAUAGAUCAUUUGCAGAAUCAGAUCAUUUAAAAGAUCAUAUGGCCGAUUAUGGCGAUAUGGCACCAGAAGACAUUAAACUUGAAAUGGAGGAUGAAUUUGAUGAUAUUGAUGUUACUGGUAAAUCUGAAUCGUGUUCUGAAGAUGAUGAUACGUGUUUAGAAAGAUUCAUGAAUUCCGAGGUGACAAUUGAAGAAGAAGUCAAACAGGAGUUAGUCGAGACAUCAACUUAUGAAUGUCACAUUUGCAAUAGAACAUUUACAAAAACAAAUCAUCUAAAAGAGCAUAUGAUGGAGCAUCUGCCUCAUAAUAGCAAAGAAAGUCCUUUCAAAUGCGAAAUCUGUUACAAGACUUUCAAUCAAUUAGGUAAUGUGAAAAAGCACAUGCUCAUUCACAGUGGUUAUUUAAAUUAA